AUAGGCUGUAAUACUUGGGCUUCUUCCUUUUUCAGAUGGUCGAGUCAAAUGAAGAUAUAGACCAAAUGUUCAGCACUUUGCUGGGAGAGAUGGCUCUUCUGACCCAGGAUUUAGGAGUUGACACUCUUCCUCCUCCUGAUCCGAAACCACCCAGAGCUGAAUUUAAUUACAGUGUGGGUUUUAAAGAUUUAAAUGAGUCUUUAAACGCACUGGAAGACCAAGAUUUAGAUGCUCUCAUGGCAGAUCUGGUUGCUGACAUAAGUGAAGCUGAACAGAGGACAAUCCAGGCGCAAAAAGAGUCUUCUCAGAACCAACAGCAUUCAGUAUCUCUGGAGGCAUCAAAUUCCAGGGCUACAGCCUCUCUUGGUUACGGAGCAAAUGCCGCCGCAACCCGCAUUAACCAGUACGAGGACGACUUACCACCUCCACCACCAGACCCUGUGUUAGACCUCCCACUACCCCCACCACCUCCAGAACCUCUCUCUCAGGAAGAAGAAGAAGCCCAAGCGAAGGCUGAUAAAAUUAAGCUGGCAUUGGAAAAACUGAAGGAGGCCAAGGUGAAGAAGCUCGUCGUCAAGGUGCACAUGAACGACAACAGCACGAAGUCACUGAUGGUGGACGAGCGGCAGCUGGCCCGAGAUGUGCUGGACAACCUGUUUGAGAAAACGCACUGUGACUGCAACGUAGACUGGUGUCUUUAUGAAAUAUACCCAGAGCUACAGAUUGAGAGAUUUUUUGAAGACCAUGAAAAUGUUGUUGAAAUAUUAUCAGACUGGACAAGAGACACAGAGAAUAAAGUACUAUUUUUGGAGAAAGAAGAAAAAUAUGCAGUGUUUAAAAACCCCCAGAAUUUCUACUUAGAUAACAAAGGAAAACGAGAAGGCAAGGAAACCACUGAGAAAAUGAAUGCUAAGAACAAAGAAUCCUUACUUGAGGAAAGUUUCUGUGGGACAUCUAUUAUUGUACCAGAACUUGAAGGAGCUCUUUACUUAAAAGAAGAUGGAAAGAAAUCCUGGAAAAGGCGCUAUUUUCUUUUACGGGCUUCUGGAAUUUACUAUGUACCCAAAGGAAAGACUAAGACAUCUCGAGAUCUGGCAUGUUUCAUACAGUUUGAAAAUGUCAACAUUUACUAUGGGAUUCAGUGUAAAAUGAAAUACAAAGCACCCACUGACUACUGCUUUGUUUUAAAGCAUCCCCAAAUUCAGAAGGAGUCCCAGUAUAUCAAGUAUCUCUGCUGUGAUGAUGCAAGAACCCUCAACCAGUGGGUCAUGGGAAUCAGGAUCGCCAAGUAUGGAAAGACUCUCUACGAUAACUACCAGCGGGCCGUGGCAAGGGCUGGGCUUGCCUCUCGGUGGACAAACCUGGGCCCUGUCAACACAACUGCAUCAGCUCAGCCAUCUACAGGACUUAAGACAGGCGGCGCCCAGCCCAACGGUCAGAUUCCGCAGGAGGCACACUCUGCCGGGGUCGUCCUCCAAGAGGCUCAGAGACACGUCGACACAACUAAGGUUUCCAUGAACUUCUUGAAGACACCACCACAACCUAUUCUAGACCCCCUCCCAUCACCUUGCAGUAGCAGCACCUGCAACGCCGACUCUUGCCAAGACAAUUACGCAGGCAUUCAGCCUUGGUUACGUCUCUGGCCUGGAACGUUAGGCAAGAUUAAGGCUAUAAACCAGGCCCACACCAUUUCCCCUGAAGCUGUUAUGCUAGAAGGUGCAAGGUUUGUAAUGCUUACCCCUAGAAAACCACAGUCCUGGGAAAAGACACCUUUGUUCCAGAAGCUAAGGCAAGGAGGCCCUGAGCAGGGGCAGGCGGAGCAGUUCUUGGCCAGGGAAGAUAUGCCUCAGCUAGGACAAAGAUCACCUGGAUCCGGACAGCAUCUUCUCACCCCGGUUCCCUCGUCCAUUCUCUUGGUCCUAAGCAAAGUCAGACACCUAGGGGGGAUGGAGGAGGCCUGGCGAAGUUUUGGGAAACCCCUUAACCACCUCUGUGCCAUCACGGGUGUGGUACGGGAGCAAAAUAAUUGUACACACACCUGCCCCCGACAACUGAGCUUCCAGCAGCUCCUUCAGACCCAGACGAACGCAUUCUGCGUCUGUGGGUGCCAAGGCCCCCUGGCACUUGGGGAGCCAGGGACUGCGCGGGGCCAUUUGGCUUCCAUGCUGAGUUGCCUUGAGCUGAGCGGAGCUGACAGAGACAGAGGCGACCCCCAAGGGGCCACACCAGCAGCGCCCUUUCAGAGACACGCGGUUCCGAGGAGACACCUGUGUGGUCCAAACGCAACAAGCACCCGGUCGAUCGAUCGUGUGGCCAAGGCCUCCAUAUGCGCAGGUGACAGUAGCGGGACAAGAUUGCCGCCCCCGCCGCCGCCUCCGCCCGCGCUCGCCCCGGAAACCCCCAGACCCCCUCCCACGGCCGCCAAAAGGCCUCCCAUGCCCCCCAAGAGGCAAGAGAACCCGGGACCCCCCAGCGGGGGAGGCGGCGGCGAGCAAGAUUUCAUGUCAGACCUCAUGAAAGCUUUGCAGAAGAAGAGAGGCAACAUGGCCUAAGGAGAUUGCCCGGUGAGCUUUCCUAACUUCGGGGGCACGUUCGGCUGCUGUCCUGCCAUGCCAUCUCCCCAACAUUGUAGCUGAAAUGUUGACGUGUCCAGGCUAGAAAUGAUGUAAAACCUUCUGUGUGGCACAAGCGCGUGCGUAACUAUUCACCUUAGGCAGAUUUAGUCUCUGCCCCAAUGUACAUAGCUCCUGUGUAUUGUCACGUCCGCGCAUUUGUCUUCUUUACUAGGAUCACGAAAAUGAUGAUUUAUGUCCAUUUGUUUUAUGUUCAGAACCAUCAAAUUAAUAAAAGUUCACUUUUUUCCCCUGGA